CUGGACGGCAAAGUAUGUGUCAUAACGGGUGCCACUUCUGGGAUAGGACUGGUUGUCGCCAAAGAGUUAGCCGAAAAGGGGGCAAAAGUGAUAAUUGGUAGCCGAGACCUGACACGGGCUCAAGAAGUAUGCGAUGAUAUCCUCAAAGAUCAUCCCUCGGCUACAGUGGAGUGUCAUGUCUGCGAUUUGGCCUCAUUUGCAUCCGUCAGACAAUUUGUAUCUCAAUUACAAUCGGAGCCACACAUCGAUAUAUUGGUGAACAAUGGAUCCGUUUUGGGGGUUCCGCUCUCGAAGACUGUUGACGGCUUUGAGACCACCUUUCAGACCAACUAUUUGUCACACUUUAUGCUCACUCUUUGCCUUUUGGAUCAACUAAAGGCAUCCCAAUUGGCACGAGUUGUCAACACUGUCUCGGCUUCCUAUUCACGCGCUGCGCCCGAAGGCAUCGAUUUUGAAGAUUUUAAUUAUGAGAAGAGGAGUAACUAUUCGUCACAUUUGGCGUACUGUAGGAGCAAAUUGGCACUGAUUUGGUUCACCAGACAAUUAGCCACAAGACUCGAGGCGACGAAUGUUCACAUUUAUGCCGCAUAUCCGGGACUCUCGAAGACAUCGCUCACCAGACAUAUCACUGGUUUCUAUGGACUGAUCUGGAAAGUGAUGUCAUUCUUCAUAUGCAAGGGUCCAGAGUUAGGGUCACAAACCCUACUGUUUUGUAUCGCUGAUAAAGAGACCGGAAGGGAAAGCGGACACUACUAUAAUGACUGCAGUUUAGUGGGCGAUAAGAAUCUGAAGAGUAUUGCCACGAAUGACGAGUUGGCACGACGUCUAUGGGAUAUAUUAGAG